AUGCAGGACGGACUUCGACAGCUGACACGGGUGCGCGCGUCGUGUGCCCGCACGCCGGCCACAACGCACACGACAGAGCACUGUUUCUACAUGCGUCUGCUGGGCCACGCCGCGUGGAAGGACCUGAGCGUGCUGCUGUGCGUCGAGGAAUCGCGGCUGCUAGUGUGCCUGCUGUGCUCCUCUCGCGUUACGCAGAAGCACCUGACCUCUGUGUGUGCGGAGAGCGGCGUGGUGCUGGAGUGGCUGGGUGGAGCUGCCUUGAUGGUUGAGCCCGCCGCACUGGCCCGCACCGAGGUCAAUCCUGUCUGGGCGGCUUUUGACGCUGUCCUGCAGCUUCCUCUGCUUUCCGAAACUUCAACGGCCGGCGGAAGAACCGUGGGUGGCGGCGCGGCUGAGAGGGCAGACGGGGUUUCGGGUGUGCUCUUCACUGAAGACAGCAACGCCGACUCUUCUUCUGCUUCUGACAGCGUCGGCGCCUGCGUUCACGACGCCCUCAACGCGCUGCACGGUGCAUCUCUUCCGCUGCGCGGCUUUUCGCUUGUGCUCGUCUCGUCGCUGCCGUUCCGCGGCGCGCGACGGUGCUGCCCGGUGGGUCGCUUCACGGAGGAGGCCUCCGCACAUGCCGCCACGGCAGGCACCGCUGUUACCGCCGCGGCAGAUCCGUGCCACCCCGUUGCUCGGCGCUAUGUGUGGCGCCUGCUGCCGUCGCACUCGUGGGUGUUGCCGCACCUCCUCACGCGGCUCGUGCAAAGCCUCAUUGAGCAGUGCGACCUGUGUGCGUUUACGCUGCACUGCGGCGUCCCCUCGCUGGACGCCGCACCGCGUACCGCGACGAACCCAGUGGGUGCCGAAUGGACCGGGGGCACGGCGGGGGUGCGGCUUGUGCGCGGUGCCCCUCCGGCCUCCGUGACGCUGCGCCGGGGUCCGAGCACGGUGUCGUGGGUUGCCUUCAGUCGUUUGAGUGGUGGGGCGUGGGUGGGGGCGGAUGCGCGGGAGGGGCUGGCGUUGGACGAUGGUGCAGCGGAGGCGGUGGAACUCGAGUUUGAGCUGCACACGAUACGGUAUGGGCGGUGCGCUGCUGCUGCUACUGCUGCGGCCUCGGCGGGUUCAGCGCUGGCUUUCCCGCUGCGGACGGGGCGGCGGCCGCGCGAGGCGCUUGCAUGCGAUGCAGCCGUCGGGGCGGAGGACGCAAGGUCGGGAGGCUGCGUGCACCCGGAGACGUGGGGCGCGUCUUUUGAGUUUGGUGUGUCGGUCAAGCGAGUCAUCGUGGUGGACGAGGGGGAGGGCGACUGA